GAAGAGAAGGCAUUAAAAGACUUAAUUAGUAGUAGUUCGCUUUUAACUCCGGAUCUACCGGCGAUACCGACCGUCACGUGUCCGGAGCUUCAUCUAAUAGCCGUUCGGGUAGAAAUGAAAAUCACUAAAUUGUUCAAUGAUUUCCACCCGGUCAGCUGGACCAAUUUCCCUCAGCACUUCUGACCAUGCCUGAAUCACGAGACGAUUGCCGCGAUCGGUCGCGACAUCGAUCGCCAUUAAGUCCCCAAGAUGCGAAAAGUGAGAGACGACGAGGAUACGGCGAGCGCAAUCAGAGCAGUUCGCGACGCCGCGACGAUCGUCGAAGCUCUCGACGAGAGGAUUCCCGAAGAUGGUCCUCCCGCAGUCCUUCAGGCCGGGGUAGCCACAGGAGGGAUAAUGACUAUCGCCGCCGGGAGCGCAGGGAACGAGCGGACGAUUCAGACGAUGAUCGGAGAAGACGCCAACAUCGUUCACCGGAAGAACGUCGCCAUCGACGCCAUCGCGACCGGGAUGCACACGACAAUAAAGAAAGGUCGUCUAAAAACCAUCGAACUAAGUCCCGGUCCCGCUCAGCCUCGAGGCGCUCGCGGAGCCCAUCGUCGCGCGACCCCGUUCGCUCUAGGAAUGCCCUGCCUUCCCAGAAGGAUGCAUACACAACAGAAGUAUCCCAGCAGGACUCGUCUGCCCUUCCGCCGGAAAAAGAGAAACCCAAUUUUGCCAACACCGGGCGCUUAGCAGCGGAGAGCAAUACUGUGGACGUCAGUGGAGGAGGAAAGGUGGUUCUCAAGUACCAUGAACCUCCUGAAGCGCGUAAACCUCCAGCCAAAGAUCCCUGGCGUCUCUACGUGUUCAAGGGCGAAGAUCUUCUUGAGGUGGUAGAAUUAAAUGAGCGCAGCUGUUGGCUUAUAGGGAGAGAGCAACUAGUUGUCGAUUUCCCUCUGGAGCACCCGAGUUGUUCCAAACAACAUGCCGCCCUCCAAUUUCGAUACGUCGAUAAGAGAAAUGAGUUUGGAGACCGGAUCGGACGUGUCAAGCCCUAUCUCAUUGACCUUGAAAGCGCCAAUGGCUCGGCGGUGAACGGGGAUCCCGUUCCUGGAGGACGAUAUGUUGAACUGAGAGACAAGGAUGUGCUCAAAUUUGGAUUGAGUACUCGAGAAUAUGUUCUCAUGCUCGCUCGAACGGACUGAACUCCAACAUCAAGACGCCAUCGUCCACUGUCUUUUGAAAGCUCCUCCAUACAGAUUCGAGUUUUACAGCAUGGAAACGAAAUCAAAAUACUGAUAUUGUACAUUAUAGAUAUAUUUUGCGAGACGACAAAUACAUGUGUGCAACCAUCAUUCUAAUCAUACCGGUCAUUCUUUGGAACCUUUACAAGUUGCCCGCCUUGUCU